UUGUUUGGACCUCGAGCAGAGCGAAAGUGUCGUCAAUUUUAUCCGCGAUUGAAAAAAUAUUACCAAAUUUUUGGGAAAUAGUGAUUGGAAAAGCCUAACAAUGGAAUAGAGCAGUGUUUUGUGUCGUAAACAAACUUUUGAGCAGGAAACGGGGCUUUGGGCCGGAGUGUACGGACCGUACGGAAUUGAGGACGCGAAAUCCGGAUUCAACGGAUUUUCGGAAAAAAAGAAGAAGAGUGAUGCAAUAAUUAUCAUCCAAGCUUAACAGCUUUUAAACCUGUCGACCCUGUGUGUACAUUGAGCGUUAGUGGAAGCCAUAGUAGAAUCUAAUGUCGUCUUAGCAUAAUAUUUGUCAACCCAGAGAAUAAUAUUUUGCGUAUCGUGAUUCGUGCAAUCCUGAAAGUGUGCGUGAGCGUGAAAUAUAGAAUUUAUAUACACCCAAAACCGUAGCCAUCUUUGUGAUAUACAUCUUGCAAGCGUCAAAAACUUAAAUUUUACUAGUCGUUUGCAUUCGAAAAUCAUCUUCAAAGUAGGUCCCGAAAUUAAGAGCUUCUCUCCAAAAAGCGACGAAAAAGGUCGCGGAAGCCUUCGAGAAGAAGAAAGUUUUUGUUUAUGGACGGAACAGUUCGAGCUGUGAACCCAAUACCAACACAGAAAGGGGUGAAUAACGAUACACGCACUUAGACACACUCACAAAGUAGGGGUGAACUCGAGAGAGAACUGAGCAUAAGAGAGAGAGAGAGGGAGAGGAGAAGGACAUUGUCCUGAGUGCGCGCGCGGUGGUGAAAGUUGAAAAACUUUGAAUGUUGAAACAUCUGUGAUAUAUCCGUGUAGAUAUUAUUUUAAUUUAUUUUGUAAUAUUAUACACGAACCACAUUUGGUUUCGACGACAACGGCGACGACGAUCCUAAGCGGAAGAAGAAGAAACAAACGCAAGAGUUCAAAUUAGUAGCAUAACUUAAGAGGGAGAGCAACAGUACGUGACAAAGGCCUUGUAACUUGCAUGAGAUUAUAACUGAGGGCGAAGGACGCGGCAAAUACUUGAUUCCAAAGAUAUGUUAUUUUGUAACUCCCACGAAAAACACUAAACAGUUGCCAUCUCCAGCAAACAAAGCAGCACUCAUACAAACAAAAACUAAUGCUGAAAGCCAAGUAGAAGAAGCAUAAUAUCACAACACAGUAAUUGUUUGUCUUCGUUGGUGUUGUUGUGACCUGCGUUAACGGUCCAAGUCAACAAGGCCCCGAUAGCUUGGGGUUGAAAUCGAAAAAUCUCGCGCAUUUUCAAAACACAAACAUCGUCACCGUAACAGGCGAGUGUGAGUGUGUCAACGCACCAACACCAGCAUGAGCGGAGGCAACAUCAGCUGAGGAAAUACAAAUCCAAGCAGGCAGGCUUCACCAAUACCGCGACACAUUCCAUGGCACACUCGGAGCAGCAGCUGCUGCAGUACUAGAUUGCACCACCAGAGCGCACUGCGAUCUCGGCCAGGCUCGUCAUUGUAGAAUCUAAUAUCGAGUCGAAUAGUUCUUUGUUACUGAUAUUGGGGUGAAGCAAAAGUGAGAGCCACAAUCACGGAAGCAUCCGGGUACUAGGCCAGCCCUCAGUAUGUCUGUCCCUGUACGCUGCUAUUCUGUCGAUACCAUGAACAACAACGGCAUUAUCGACCAGCAACAGCACGUCGGCAGCACCAUCGGCAGUGGCAGUGGCAACUCCAGCCAUCAUCAUCUUCCAAUGGACGCAGACGUCGUCGGGUGCGGUCGUCAGGUAUCGGACGAGAUGCAACAACAACAGCGGAUGUUGUUAGAGGGCCGGCUUGGGACACCGGAUGCUGCUGAUGCAGUUCUUAUGGAGUCGUCGGAGGCUUCGUCGUCGUCGGUAACGAUGGCGGCAAUGGCUUCGAUGACCACCAGCAAUGGCAGCCACUUCGCCGGAAGUGGCCAACAGGACCUGGCCGCCGGUUGCGGUGGUGCCGCGGCCAAGUCGCCAUCCCCACAGAAACAAUCACCACAAUCGUUUCCAUCAUCAUCAUCGCAGCAACAACAACAGCCCCCGCAGCAGUCGUUCGAGCAGAUGAUGGCCCAGCUGAGCGAACUGCUCGCGCUGGAACCCAAGUACCAGCCGAACCUCUACCUGCCCCAGCAGUCAUGCGUAAGUACCGCUCCAAACCAUUUCUUCCUAAAAAUCAUCCAUAACUCAAUACCAUACCGCACCGUCAUUAUUCCGCUGAAGUCGCGUGCCAAGGUUUCGCUUUCCGUCGGUUCCGAGGAAAUAGUCAUCAUCAAUAUAUACAACUUUGCUGAAGAUCAGAUCGAUUCACGUACCAUUUAUAUUCCCGAUAGCAGCUUCUUCUACAGUCACAGUAUUGUCGCCAAGAUCAUGUCGCAGUACUUAAAUCAGCACAAGAUGCCGUACAAGCAGCGACUGGUAUGGAAGCUCUCGUCCCGUACGAUGAAGGUGCUGCGUCCGACCGACAAGCUCACCUCGUACCUGCCCACGAUCGCGGAACAUCACGCCCACAACAGUCACGUUAACAAUAAUAAUCUUAGAUUUAGAACCGGAAGCGUUAGCUCGGAAGACGACGGCGAAGAUUGGCCAACCUCACCCAUUGUAGCAGUUUGUGAACAGUUUGACGAGUAGACAACCACACCGCCGCCAAUUGCCUGGAAACCGAAAACCAGCAACGCCGGAAGAUCGGAGCCGGGUUCGCGCGCGCUCGUUCGUUAUUCGUCGUGCGUGUGUGCGCGUGAGUUUCACACUAGUAUAGUGCGCGUGUGCGUGCGUCACAAUUGCUGAACACGAACCAGAACUCUAAAUCAAAGUACUAGAAAAAUUAUUAUUGUUUUGUUACACUCUGAUCGUUCAGAAAACAUUUCGUUGCUAACAUCGUGAACGGAAAACGUGACUAUUUUCGAAAAAGAAAAAAAAAAGCAAAAUAAGUGGACGAGAGACAAUUUCGCAUAUAAAAAAACGGCAAGCCACAAAACUGUGAACGGUGUUUCCUUUCUGAAAGAAGGACAUUUCGGAAGGGACACACUCUCGGGGGCGUGCCCGGAAGCAGCGCUGGAUCGCACCCGAUCGAUCGACAAGACAACAUCUCAAGGUCCGUGCGUGUAUGCUGGAUUCUCUGCGAAGAAUCGCUAACAUUACAUCAUCCCAUCAACAACAACAACAUCAAGCAACACACUAAAGCCGAAGCUAGGCUGUCGUGUGUGUGAAUCGUCGCCACCUUGUGUCACGUGCCUGUUCGAAGGACGACGGUCUGCCCCGCCGUGGUAGGCCGGAACUUGAACCAUUCCCGUAACACAUCGUAGCAGCAGCAGCAGCAGUUCUUCCACCCGGAAUACCCCUGGACCACCGGACGAAGGAGAAGGACGACGACAAGCCGGACCCAAGGUGACCCCAUCACUCACGGGACUAGCGACGGGCCAAGUGUAAGCAUUAUAUUUUUUACUCUUUUGAUUUUUAACUAGAUCUAAUUAAAUACAGAUUUAAUUAAUCUAAGGCAAGUUAAACAAAUCCACAACAAAAAAAAAAAAUCGUGAACAAAAUUCUUGGGAAAAAACUAAAAAAACAUAAAAGAAAAUCAAAAAAAGUACAAAAUAUACGAAAAGUAAAAAAAUCUAGGACAUAGGUGUUUAUCGCAUAGGCAGAAGGAAGGCAAGAAAACAGUAAGUAAGGGUUAACAUCAAGAACGAGAAUUAUUUGAAACAGGUUCGGUCCACGACCAGCAGGACGAACAGCAAAUCUCACAGUAAACAUCGAGGAGGGUAGAUUUGCAAAACCAAGAAGAGGGAAAACGAAACAUUACAAACACUAACAAGCAAACAAACCCGUUUAAGCCAGUACUGAUUGUGUUAUUAGAUUUUUUACGCAGUAAUUAAAAGCAUAUUGAAACGAAAAGCUUGUGUGAUUUUUGUAGUAGAAUUUCUCUCAUUUUUCUUCUUCAAACAAGCAGUACCAGAUUGAAAAAUCACCAGAAAAAACCAAGUCUACUUACUACUUAAAAAAGUCAGUAGAAGCAAAAUAAAACUAAACUCAAGCCGAGUAAUCAGCGUCCCAAAAAAAAAAAUACAGAAAAAACACACAAAAAGGCAAAUCAAAAAAAGAGAGUUACAAUUCCAUUCUGUGUAGUAGUGAAAUUUGUCUAAUCGCUUUCUAAGAAUAAUAAGAAAACGAAACAAAAGAAGAAGAUUGCUAUAACCAAAAAAAUAAAUCACAGCAAAACUAACACACACAAAAAAAGAGGAAAAUAAGUAGAGAAUUUGACUACAAAAUCAGAAAAAAAACUUUAAAUCAUAGUAAAAUAUCAGCAGAACCCCACUAAAAAAAACAAACUUUUGUGUUUCAACGUCGUCUUAGAGAAGUAAUUGUGAGAGAACGGGAGAAUCGAACAGCUGUGAGAGCAGAAACGAAGCUGACAGAGAGCAGCGCAAAAGAAAACGAAACUGAGAAAUCUCUUUUUCCGUGUCCAGAGGAAAAAAGUUUGAGGAGUUAAAGUUGAAGAAGGAGUAGAAGCAGAACAUCAUCGUACUAGGCCGUGACCCUGGCUUCACCGGGACGAGAACCACGGUCGUAACGACGGCGGGGAUGGAGCGAAUCCGCUUUUGUUUGGCCGCUUUCCAGCCCUCUUUUUUGCGAGGGAUUCCGGCCGAUUGGGGCGGCACACGACCUUAGCGCGGCACAAAAACCACACCGUUUGACCAUCGGUGUCCGGGGGGAAAAUAAACUUUUUUGUUCUACCGAUAUUUUCACUGUUGUGUCUUUGAUCUCGAAUACUUUCGGCUCGUGGCCAAAGGGUGGGUUCAGUGUGGCACUGAGCGUUUGUGGCGCUGGUUCGGAAGAGAGCGUGUCGAAAGUCGCUUCAUCCCCGUGGCAGUCGAACGAAAAAAAAAAAAUAAUAAAGUGAAACAAAUCUUGUCUCUGAAAGUAUAAAGAACGUUAUAAGAGAAUCAAGCAAAUUAAAGAAAAACUGAAAAAUAUAGUAUUUUUAACUAUUAAAUAUUAAUUUAUAAAAAAAACAAAGUUAUUGUGAUUCGAUUUAUUUAAAAAAUAAACACGAUUCAUGUAGAAGAUUGCAUAAGAA